AUGUCCACAUCCUCCCGCAUUCCCCCUCCCUCACUGCCCUCCACAACUAGCCUCAACCACAAUACUAGUCUCCGCAGCUUCCACAGGCCCCCGCCGCCCAUCACAACCGUAGUCACUUCUCCCCGUGCGCUUUUCUCUCUUCUCUGUUCACCUGCCGUAGCUCAUCACCAUCUAGCAUGGGCUCGCGAUGAACCCCCGUCUCCGAAGGAGGUACCCUCAGACACCCAGGGCGCCCAAAACCACACAGAGUCCCAUGCUCAUGUCUCUGAUACUGCCUCCUUUCAGUCCGGUCCCGCAGAGGGCACCUCCAGAUGGUGGACAUUCACCCUUCCUCGCACCCGCCAAGAGGCCUUCAACCUGCUGCCUCCGCCCCCAAGGCUCGACCGGAAGAGUUUCCGCGACAUAUCCUUGUCGUGGAUGCCUGCCUCUGCAACCCAGCGAGAGGGGUCUACGUUCCUGCGGAAGGACAAAGAGAAAGAGAAGGAGCACGCGACCGAGCCCAUGUCUAUCUCUAUGCCACCUCCUUCCAUGCCAUAUACAAUGGCUCAUGCAAAUACCCCUGGCUGGGACACUCCCUGGUCAGCCAGGGCCGCUGCACAGGGUCCUUCGCGUCGUUCGCGAGAUGAUGCAUCGAGUGACUACGAAGAGGACGAACAUUCAGACACUUCCCCUAAAGACCUCAAAGGAUGGGCUCUACGAAGAAAACGUAUACGCUCAUUUAUUCUAGUAAACACCUAUGUCCCAUUACUCUUUAGAUUUAUCAAUAUUGCAUUCACAACCGCCGCACUUGGGAUGGCUAUUCAAAUCAGAAAGAUCGAAUUCAACCACAGUGCAGCAGGCGCUGUUGGCAGUUCCCCUACGGUGGUGAUCAUCUUUGCUCCACUGACGCUUAUUCAUGUCAUGGCAGCUAUUUAUGUAUGCCUCUCUCCCCUGUCUUCUCGAUCAAGCCUUAAUAAACCUUAUCACCGCAGCUUGAAUACUUUGGUCGACCAUUGGGUCUGUGGAGGACGUCUGCCAAACUUGCCCAUACAUUAUCUGAGGUCCUCUUCAUCUGCGCCUGGUCUGCUGCCUUAUCACUAUGUUUCGAUAACUUCUUUACUUCCCUUAUCCCAUGUGCCUCAGAAUCAGCGACGUCUUGGUACAAUCAGUUACCUCGGCCCCCGGAAGACGUUCCAGGCUUUGACGGCAGCUUAG